CGUCAGUUGUCAAUAACCAAGAUGGCGUUCACGUUAUAUGCGUUAAUACAGGCAGUAAUUCUUGGAGUUAACGCUGUUGCUGUACUACAUGAGGAGCGAUUUCUUAGCAAAAUCGGCUGGAGUGUUGAUCAAAAUAUAGGGGGAUUUGGUGAAGAACCAGGGAUCAAAAUGCAACUCAUCAAUCUCGUACGUUCUGUACGGACAGUGAUGAGAGUGCCUCUGAUAGCAGUCAAUGCUGUCUGCAUUGUCUUGUUGCUGCUCUUUGGCUGAACAACUUAGGAAACAACCAUUAAGUGAAUAAUUCCAUCGUCGGCUGCUACUGGACUGGGCCUAAAAGACGUGACUACACGACUCCUCGUCUCCGUACAGUCAUGCACCUUGCACUAAUGUUUCUUGUAGACAGCGUUAUUUAAGCAAUCGGAUGAAUGUUUUGACAUAUUAAAUGAUUGUAAGAAAUUGGCCUUACUUUUUUCAUGGUAACUACAAUUUUUCAUACGACAUUUUAUGGUAGGCCUAAUCUCAGGUACUGAGAGGUGCAACUGUAUUGUAACGAUCAAUUAAUUUAAUUUAAUAUCUGUAGAAGGACGUUUUCACAAGGACACACACACACACACACAUGGGGAGAGGCAUGGCAAUUGGGCAAUGGUAAUAAAGUUGUAAAGUGAGCGUGAA